CUAACCUUUGUAGCAGCUGAAUCAAUCCAAUCGGAUGGCGGAUCACCAAGUCCACAGCAUUUUCUUCUUCCCUCUCCCUGCCGCCGGCCAUGUCAUCCCCAUGGUCGACGCUGCCUCCGUCUUCGCGUCCCGCGGCGCCACCGCAACCAUCCUCUCACCUGACCCCGCCCCGCGGCUCCUCGCCGACCGCCUCCGAAAAGCCCGCCACUCCGGUCACCAAAUCGACCUUCUCCUCCUUCGUCAAGCCGCUGAUGGAGACGUCUCUGGUCGCCGCCAGCCCCCGUUCCUCGCCUCCCCUGCAUACUCCUUUGACCUCUUCCGCGACCUCGAGAAGCGGUUCGCAGAGCCGUUGGAGAUCGCGCUCCUGCGGCACCGACCGAGCUGCCUAGUGUCCGACAUGUACCUCCCCUGGACCGCCGACUCCGCGCGGCGGCUCGCGGUGCCACGCCUCGUGUUCCAGUCGAUGGGUUUCUUCCCUCACUGCGUCAUCGACGCCGUGGAGCGCCACGCGGCGGAGCAACGCGAGUUGGGAACGUGGAUCGGAGAACGCGUGGCGGUGCCCGGCCUGCCACAUCGAAUUGAGAUGAAGCGGUCGCAGCUCCACGAUUCGGCGGGGUUGCGCACCGAGUUCAGCGAGUUCUUUGACCGGGUGGCCGAGUCCGGGAGGGCGAGUCACGGCGAAGUGGUGAACAGCUUCUACGAGUUGGAAGCGGAGUACGCGGAGCAUUACCGGAGAGUGAUGGGGAGGCGGGCGUGGCACAUCGGACCAGUCUCGCUUGUACACGACACCGCUGGCAUCGCCGGAGCUAAAGAAGCGGCAGCGAUUCUAACGUGGUUGGACUCGAAGCCUACUGAAACGGUUGUGUAUGUGUGCUUCGGGAGCAUGGGGCGAAUGAGCGAGGCACAGAUGGGGGAAAUUACGGCGGGACUAUCGGCCGCAGGCCACCCGUACAUCUGGGUUACUGGCGGCGAGGGAGAACAGAGGAGCAUCGUUGAGGAACAGAGGAGCGUCGUUGAGGAACAGAGGAGCGGCCUCGGGCUGGUGGUGCGCGGGUGGGCGCCUCAGGCGGCGAUCCUUGGCCAUCGCGCGGUAGGGGGCUUCGUGACGCACUGCGGAUGGAACUCGGUGAUGGAGGCGGUGAGCGCCGGCGUGCCGAUGGCCACGUGGCCGCUUUUCGCGGAGCAAUUCUACAACGAGGCGCUGGUGGUGGAUGUACUGCGCGUCGGUGUGCGCGUAGGCGCGGAGGUGUGGGGGAUGGCGGAAGAGGAGAAGCCGGUGGUAGCGAGAGCAAAUAUCGCCGCGGCGGUGGCGCAGUUGAUGGAGGAGGAGAGGGGUAGCGAGGAGAGGAAGAGGAGGGCGGCGGAGAUGGGGCGGAAGGCGAGGGAAGCCGUGGCCGUCGGCGGUUCAUCCUACAGCGAAGUCGACCAGUUGAUGUCCGAACUGUCGCGUCCCCAAUUGGAGCGAAGUCAACAAAACCUUUGAUCCAUGACGACUUGGUGCGAACUCUCGAGAAUUGAUCCUUUAUACAUGUCCUUGCAUGUUAUGAAAGUCUAUCCAAUAAUUUUAAUUUUAAUUUUUAUUUUAAUUUUUAUUUUGUUUCUACAUUUUCUUUCUAAUUGAGCAAAAUUCAGAACAAUAUUACA